UCAAUAAUGGGGUAAAAACAAAAACAGAAAUCGCGGAUAAUGCGGGGCACAAAUCACCAUUAAUGUGGUAAAAACAAAAACAAAAAUCGCGGAUAAUGCGGGGCACAAAUCACCAUUAAUGAGGUAAAAACAAAAACAAAAAUCACCAAUAAUGCGGGGCACAAAACACCAACAUAAAACGUAUAUAAUGUAGGAAGCACAAAACAUUUUUUCGAAGUUCAUUUGCACCAAUUAAAAAAGAUCAUCAGAACCAUGGCUGGUUGUGGUUCUCCCUGUGGAGCUUGCAAGUUCUUGAGAAGAAAAUGUGUGACGGGGUGUAUUUUUGCGCCUCAUUUCUGCUAUGAAGAGGGAGAUGUUGAUUUUUCUGCCAUCCACAAGGUUUUUGGCGCAAGCAAUGUGUCGAGGCUUUUAGUUCACCUUCCGUUGAGCGAUCGAUGCAAGGCCGCAAUGUCGAUAUCAUAUGAAGCUCAAGCCAGGAUUCAAGAUCCCAUAUAUGGAUGUGUUUCACAUAUUUUUGCUCUCCAACAGCAGGUGGUCAACUUACAAGCACAGUUAGCUUUCCUCAAGGAUCAAGCAGCUCAAAGCUUUGUCAAUGGCUCAAACCCUAAUCAAGCAGCUCAAAGUUGGAAUUAUGAGAAUGGAAUUAUGAAUUCAAAUAUCCCAGAAGAAAAUUUAGUGAAUAUCCCAGAAGAAAAUGUCUCAUAUGGCAGCUUCGAAGAGGGCACUUCUCAUUCCAUGUCUUCUUUUGGCAUGCAAACAAAUUACAACAGGCAAUGGGGUUUUCAGGAUGCUGAUGAGCUUCAAUCAGUGGUUUCCAGCUACAUUCACCAUCGAUGAGUAUAUUGGGAUGAAUAUAACUUUGUAAUAUGUAUAUGGAACUCCUUAUUUAUCUUUUGAAUGAAAGCUUUGUAUUCUGGGAUGCCUUAUGAAUGUGAAGUAAGGAAAUAUUUAUGUUUA